CCGUGGGGGUGGAGCAGGCAGAGGCCAAGGAGACCUGCCAUGGCUGCAGCUGCACGCGCUCGGGUCACACACUUGCUGAGGCACCUGCAAAGCACAGCAUGCCAGUGCCCAACACAUUCUCAUACUUACUCCCAAGCCCCUGGACUCUCACCUUCUGGAAAAACGACAGAAUAUGCAUUUGAGAUGGCUGUUUCAAACAUUAGAUAUGGAGCGGGGGUUACGAAGGAAGUGGGCAUGGAUCUGCAGAAUAUGGGAGCUAAGAAUGUUUGCCUGAUGACAGACAAGAACCUCUCCCAGCUCCCUCCUGUACAGAUAGUUAUGGAUUCCCUGGUGAAGAACGGCAUCAGCUUUCAGGUUUAUGAUGACGUGAGGGUGGAGCCCACAGACAGAAGCUUCAUGGAUGCGAUUGAAUUUGCCAAAAAGGGAGCCUUUGAUGCCUAUGUGGCUGUGGGUGGGGGCUCCACCAUGGACACCUGUAAAGCUGCCAAUCUGUAUGCGUGCAGCCCCGCCUCUGAGUUCCUGGAUUACGUCAACGCCCCCAUUGGGAAGGGGAAGCCGGUGACCGUGCCUCUGAGACCUCUGAUUGCAGUUCCAACUACCUCAGGAACUGGCAGCGAGACUACAGGGGUUGCCAUUUUUGACUAUGAACAGUUGAAAGUAAAAACUGGCAUCGCUUCACGAGCCAUCAAACCCACCCUGGGACUAGUGGAUCCCCUGCACACUCUCCACAUGCCUUGCCAAGUGGUUGCCAACAGUGGCUUUGAUGUCCUUUGCCAUGCUCUGGAGUCGUACACUGCCAUUCCCUAUAACAUGCGGAGCCCCUGCCCUUCCAACCCCAUCCAACGACCAGCCUACCAGGGCAGCAACCCAAUCAGUGACAUCUGGGCAGUCCACGCACUGCGGAUUGUUGCCAAGUAUCUGAAGAGGGCUGUCAGGAAUCCUGAUGAUUUGGAAGCAAGGUCUAGUAUGCACUUGGCAAGUGCUUUCGCUGGCAUCGGCUUUGGAAAUGCUGGUGUUCAUCUGUGCCAUGGCAUGUCUUACCCAAUUUCAGGUUUAGUGAAGACAUAUAAAGCCAAGGAAUACAAUGUGGAUCACCCUCUGGUGCCCCAUGGCCUCUCUGUGGUGCUCACAUCUCCAGCAGUGUUCACCUUCACAGCUCAGAUGUUUCCAGAGCGGCACCUGGAGACAGCAGAAAUAUUAGGAGCGGAUAUCCGCACUGCCAGGACCCAAGAUGCCGGGCCUGUGUUGGCAGACACCCUCCGACAAUUCCUGUUUGACCUAAACGUGGAUGACGGUCUCUCUGCCCUCGGUUACUCCAAGAACGACAUCCCUUCCCUGGUGAAAGGGACGCUGCCCCAGGAAAGGGUCACCAAGCUUGCACCCCGUGCCCAGUCAGAAGAGGACUUGUCUGCCUUGUUCGAAGCAUCAAUGAAACUGUACUAAUUACGUCAGCGGAAACGAUCACCGUCAUCUUUGUAACAGAAAUUACAGAUAGCGGAAGUGGGUCCGGCUCCGCCCUUGCCUUUUAUCUCCACACUUGAUUCACCUGCUACUGGUUUGAAUGUGCUAUGUGAUGUGGUUUUAUCCUUUGGGAGAUUCCUUGAUGCUCAUUACGUAAAACCUGUUGGCCACACCCCAGAGGUUCCUGCACCAAACCCCGCUGAACAUGCUGCCUCUCAGUCUGUGUGCCAAAUGGACAAAACUAUCUAUCAAAUAUACAAAUAUGCUAUGUCCAGACACUGCAUGUCUAGAAAUUUAUCCUGAAGAAAUACUAGCAUUAGUGUGAAAAAAAAAUGACAAGGAUGUCUCUGACAGUACUUUUUAAUAAAAAUUAAAACAAUCUAAAUAUUCACUUAUACAUCCUAAUAUAGUAAAUGGUAGGAUACUAUGGUGUUAUUAAUAAAGAUGAAGUAAACCUCUCGGA